AUGGAGAAUUACAUCUCACCCUCGACAACAAGCCCAGACCUCGCGGUGUCUAUCAUUCUAUCUUUGCGACGGGGUCGGAGGUCUCAGGCCGUUUCCGACUUACAUGAGCAAUACGGAGACUUUGUUCGUAUUGCACCAAACCACAUCUCAAUUGCGAACCCAGCGGCCGUGCAACAAAUAUAUGUUUUGCCCCGUCGCCCCCAACUGCCAUACCAAGCUGACGUUGAGAGUAUUCUACCAUUUCAUCAGGUCGAGCCAGUUCUGUUCAAUACUAGAAGCCCCCAAGUCCAUCAGCGCAAGAGGAAGAUUGUCAGCCCUGCGUUCUCGGCAAAAAGCUUGCAGGAAUUUGAGCCAUAUAUGACGAAGAAUAUGCAGAAACUCAUAAAGUCUAUUCAUGAGCAACUGCAGACAUCUGAGAGGAUCACACUGGAUUUUAACGUAUAUGCAAACUUUCUUGCUUUCGACAUUAUUGGUAUGCUCUCUGUUCCUUUCCCUUCAGUCAACGUCUCGCUCAUCGGGCCAGGUAAUUUCGCGUUUGGUGAAUCGUUCGGUUUCCUUGAUCGUGAGGAGGACUACUUGAACCUCAUAGAGGCAGUUGAUGCACGCGGUGAAGUCCUCAAUGCCCUCGGCCACAUUCCCCCAUCCCUGAUACCCUUGGUCAAACGACUACCGCUGGAUCCCUUCUGCUCGCAGGGACUUCGUGGCACACAAGCUCUCACCGCAAUUGGAACAAAGGCCUACUUCAACCGACGCGACCAAGUCAAGUCCCGAAAAGACCUGCUCAGCUUUCUCUUCAUGGCCAAAGAUCUAGAAACAGGCGAGGCCCUCGGCGAGAAAGAGAUCAUAGCCGAGUCGAUUUCAUUCAUCGUCGGAGGCAGCGACACGACGAGUACAAGCAUGGUCAAUGUCGUCGAUAUCGUGUCCCGCUCUGAGCAGAUACAGCGGCGUCCCCAAGACGAGCUGGAUGACGCUUUCCCCGGCGAGAUGCCGGAGGACUGGGUGGCGGACUUCCGGACCGUCGAGAGCCUUCCCGUUCUGAAUGCCAUUGUCCGGGAGACUAUGCGGUUUCGGCCGACGAGUGCCACUGGCCUUGAGCGGGUUACGCCUAAGGGUGGGAAGGUGGUGGCAGGGAGACUUUUGCCUGAGGGCACCUUGAUGAGCGUACCGACUUUUAACAUCCACCACAGCCCCACGGCGUUUAAAGACCCGGAGCAAUUCCGCUACGAGCGCUGGCUUGACGACGGCGCCUCGAAGCUAUUUGAGUCUUUCGUCCCGUUUUCGAUUGGGCCCCGUGCAUGUAUCGGUCGAAACUUUGCAUGGAUGGAGAUCCUGAAGACGCUGGCAACGCUUUUUAAACUUUACCAGCUGGAACGUGUAUCUGUUGGCGAAACUAUGCUCCAAGAAGGGUUCUUCGUGAAGACUAGGGAGUGCGAGAUUGCACUCAGAAGAAGAGUGCCUAGAGCAUAG